AUGAAACAAAUUUUACCUUACACUCUAAUUCUUUUCAUAGUGGUACCUCUUUUAUUAUUUUCGACCUGUCGAAUAUUUAUUUCCGCGUCACAAUCGGGCUUAGGACCACCUAGAUCAGAAUUCAUGGAAACUUUGCUGGACAAAACUUCCGAACAAAAUUACUGCUCCUUGUCUGGACUUAUUAGUGAUGCAUGUUGUGGUUAUAAGACAGUAGAGAAGAUAAAUGAUGAAUUGUUUCCACAAUUAAAUGAAUUAGUUAAAAAACGUUUUUUUAAGUACUAUAAGCUAAACCUUUAUAAAGAAUGUCCAUUCUGGACGGAAUAUGCCCAAUGCAUAAACCAAGCAUGUGCGGUAGAAACUAUUGAUGAGACGGAUGUCCCAGAAAUGUGGCGCAGUGACGUUCUCGGUGCUUUACGAACGUCGCCUGCCGGACCACUAUUCCAACCUUAUAAAAAAUGUGAAUUCAGUGAACAAGAUUUUUGUGUUGUAGAAGAUGAAGCAGAUGUUGAGAGUGUUUUCGUCAAUCUUCUCGAAAACCCUGAGCGAUUUACAGGCUAUGCUGGAGCUUCUGCUGGACGCGUAUGGAAAGCCAUAUACGAAGAGAACUGUUUUAACACUGCUCAAACAACGGAUCUCUCGGGAGGUAAAGGCCAGUCUGUUUCUCCUAUCAGCAAAAGUAAUUUAAUGGGGAUAUUUAAGGCUCCAAACCAGCCUGAUGCAAUCGAUAGUGAUGUCUGUUUCGAAAAACGCGUGAUUAAAGCUCAUUACUUUAUAGGUCUUCAUUCAUCUAUAUCUAUACAUAUUUGUAAUGAAUAUUUAAAUCAAACCACUGGCCAAUGGGGGCCUAAUCUUGAUUGUUUUAUCUCAAGAAUUGGUUCUCAUCCGGAACGUCUGGAAAAUGUAUAUUUUACUUAUGUUGUUCUCUUGAGAGCAAUUUCAAAAGUGUCAGAUUAUCUUAAGGAGUAUGAAUUUUGCACGGGAAAUAAAGCUCAAGAUUCUGAAGUGAAAAAUGUGGUCAAUCAGCUUGUUAAUACGGCAAAAUUAAUUCCUGAAACAUUUGACGAAAAACAAAUGUUUGCGUCAUCCCAAUCGUUUUUGUUAAAAGAAGAAUUCAAAGCACGAUUUAGGAAUGUCUCCAGAAUAAUGGAUUGUGUCGGAUGUGAUAAAUGUAGAUUAUGGGGAAAGUUACAGAUAUCUGGUAUUGGAACCGGAUUGAAGAUUCUCUUUUCGUAUGAUGAUGAAUUUUUCAAGUGA